AUGCAAGUCGACUCUCUUUUUAACGGUGUUUCUGUGGUGGUGCUGUACGCCCCCACGAAGGCGCUCUUUUCCCAGACGGCCGCCUUCUACAAGGACGUGCUAGGGUUUGAAGUUUCGGACGAAACUAGCACUAGCUGCAUCCUCAACACGCCUGCCAAUUCCGAGGACAAGGGCACAAUUGAGCUGCGACUCGAUCCGGCAAAGUCCGUGGAUGAGCAGACCGUUGCGGCGAAUAUCCGUAACCUGCUGACCCAUGAACAGAAAGUCGACUGGAGAACGCUCCAGAGCUGUGUUUGCUAUACCACGCACAGAAUUGACUCUCUAAUUGAGACUUUAGAGAAAAAUAAGGUGGCCUAUCAGGCCCGGCCAGGCAGUCUGGACCCGUAUGAGGUGUACGUGGUGGACCCAUUGGGCUCUGUGGUGGGCGUCACCGAUAUAGGCAACACCAUUGGAACCAGCAACCACUCGCGGUACAAAGAAGCUGCGAACCGCAUCACGCUGCUGGAUUCGGCCAGCGUGGCCAACAAGGUCGCCUCCACCACGAAGAACAUUGCUGUGAUGACGUCCGGCGGAGACGCGCCAGGUAUGAACGCCAACGUGAGGGCCAUUAUCCGUGCUGCCAUCUACAAAGGAUGCAAGGCGUUUGCCGUGUACGAGGGCUAUUCGGGGCUGGUGAAAGGCGGACCGCAGUAUAUUCGCGAAAUGCACUGGAAUGAUGUGCGUGGUUGGCUCGCUGAGGGCGGCACCAACAUCGGAACGGCCAGAUGCAUGGAGUUCAAGGAGAGAUGGGGCCGCUUGGCAGCGUGCAAAAAUAUGAUUGAGGCCGGGAUCGACGCGCUUGUGGUGUGCGGCGGUGACGGAUCCUUGACGGGUGCAGACCUGUUCCGUGCCGAGUGGCCGUCGCUGAUCGCGGAGCUGCACGAAAAGGGCGAGAUCACGAGCCAGCAGUACGAGAACCACAAACAUCUCAACAUCUGCGGCACGGUCGGGUCGAUCGACAACGACAUGUCGUCGACCGACGCGACGAUCGGCUGCUACUCGUCGCUGGCGCGCAUCUGCGAGGCCAUCGACUACAUCGACGCUACGGCCAAUUCGCACCAGAGAGCGUUUGUGAUCGAGGUGAUGGGUCGCCACUGCGGCUGGCUGGCUCUGAUGGCGGGCAUUGCGACCAGCGCAGACUACAUUUUCAUUCCGGAGAAGCCGUCGUCGCGCAAGGACUGGUCCGACCACAUGUGUCAGAUUGUGGCUGCGCACCGCGCGCGUGGCAAGCGGAAGACGAUUGUGGUGGUUGCCGAGGGCGCGAUUGCGUCGGACCUGACCCCGAUCACGUGCGAGGACGUGAGAGACGUGCUGGUGGAGAGACUGAAGCUCGACACGCGGAUCACGACGCUGGGUCACGUGCAGCGCGGCGGCAACGCUGUUGCGUACGACCGGCUGUUGGCGACGAUGCAAGGAGUCGCGGCGGUGGACGCCGUUCUGGAAGGCACGCCCGAGACGCCGUCGCCGAUGAUUGCUGUGGUGGAGAACAAGAUUGUGCGGAAGCCGCUGGUUGAGGCCGUCAAGCUGACCAAGUCGGUGGCCGAGGCGAUCAACGCGAAGGAUUUCGCCAAGGCGAUCUCACUGCGUGACUCGGAGUUUGUGGAGCAUCUGAACAACUUCAUGGCGAUGAACACUGCCGAUUUCCGGCAGCCGUCGCUUCCUGUGGAGCAGCGCAAGAAAAUUGCAAUCAUCAACGUGGGCGCGCCUGCUGGAGGCAUGAACUCGGCCGUGUACUCGUUUGCGACGUAUUGCAUGUCGCGCGGCCACACGCCAUACGCAAUCAACAACGGAUUUACAGGGCUUGCCCGGCACGACGCCGUGCACACGCUGGACUGGCUGCAGAUCGAGGGAUGGGCCUCGCUUGGCGGGUCAGAGAUCGGCACGAACAGAAAGACACCCGAGGAAGCGGACUUGGGAAUGGUUGCGUACGAGUUUGACAAGCACAAGUUUGACGGGCUGGUGCUUGUAGGCGGGUUCGAGGCGUUUGUGUCGCUGAACCAGCUCGAGAAAGCUCGGCAGUGGUUCCCUGCGUUCCGGAUUCCGAUGGUUUUAAUUCCAGCCACCAUUUCGAAUAACGUUCCUGGUACAGAAUACUCUCUUGGUUCCGACACGUGUCUGAACUCGCUGGUGGACUACUGCGACGCUAUCAAGCAAUCUGCUGCUGCCACCAGAAACAGAUGUUUUGUGGUGGAGUGCCAGGGAGGUAACUCGGGCUACAUUGCGUCCUUUGCACAGCUCUGUUGCGGGGCUACCGCGUCGUACGUGCCGGAAGAAGGCAUGACGCUGAGUCAGCUGGCGCAGGAUAUCGAGACGCUGAAAGUGUCGUUUGCCAACGACCAAGGAAAGGCCAAGUCGGGUCGGUUGCUGCUGAAGAGCGAAAAGGCCUCGGACGUGCUCACGACGCAGACAAUCGCUGACAUCAUCAAUGCGGAGGCCAACCAGCGGUUCGACGCCAAGACGGCUAUUCCGGGCCACGCGCAGCAGGGCGGCAUUCCAUCUGCGAUCGACAGAACGAGGGCCGCACGGUUUGCAAUCCAGGCGGUGCAGUUUGUCGAGAAAAUGUACGACACGAUUGCCGCCGCGGAGAACGAGUUCGGCGAGUUUGUGAACUCGCCGGCUGCGGCCCAGACGGCCUGUGUGCUGGGAGUUGAGCGGUCGCACCUCAAAUUCACCUCUAUUAGACAAUUAUACGACUACGAAACCGAGGAAGGCCGCAGAGUCCGCAAGAACAUUUUCUGGCAGGACAUCCGCGACAUCAGCGACUUGCUGGUGGGCCGUGUUCGGGUGAAUUGA